CAACAAGCUAGCAGCUAGUCCGCGGCGGGUAGCUUGUAUGGUGCACAUAGAGCAGGAGAUUGUAUGAUUAAACAGAACUGAACGUAUUUGUAAGUUUUUAUUGUUUUUUGCUGUGCAGACAUGUCAUCUAACGACUUUUAUUUAAGAUACUACGUGGGACACAAAGGAAAAUUCGGCCACGAGUUUCUGGAGUUUGAAUUCAGGCCGGACGGAAAGCUCAGAUAUGCCAACAACAGCAACUACAAAAAUGAUGUCAUGAUCAGAAAAGAGGCUUACGUUCACAAGAGUGUGAUGGAGGAACUAAAGAGAAUCAUCGACGACAGUGAAAUCACAAAGGAAGACGAUGCAUUGUGGCCUCCACCCGAUAGAGUGGGCAGACAGGAACUGGAGAUUGUUAUUGGUGAUGAACACAUCUCAUUCACAACAUCCAAAAUUGGGUCUUUAAUUGAUGUCAACCAGUCAAAGGACCCAGAAGGCCUCAGAGUGUUCUACUACCUGGUACAAGACCUCAAGUGUCUCGUCUUCAGUCUCAUUGGCCUUCAUUUCAAGAUCAAGCCCAUUUAAGUGUCAUGCUUUACACUGUGACGGUUUGAUUUCAUCAUUUGUACAUUACUUCCUGGUUUAUCUGCUGUUGUGUUUCUUUUUUUUUUUUAAAUAAAACAUUUUCAUCUAUCUCA